AUGUCAUCGCUGCAGCACCGGACAGGGCUGCGUCCCUGCAGGAACAGCAAGUCCUCUUUGACACGCAUCACAUCAGCUCCACAGCAGCACAACAUCAGGACGCUCCACAUCUAGCUUCAGCUCGAUCAUAGCUAAAAGACGUGCGUGUGGAGGACAUGGGCAACGUGCAGCCCACUAUAGUCCCAUGUGAGGACUUUGAUGUUACAGCAGAUAUAAAAGCUAUUCGAAAAGCCUGUAAAGGUUUAGGCACAAAUGAGGAGGCCAUUAUCCAGAUUCUGGCCAAUCGCUCUGCAGCUCAGCGUGUGGAGAUCAAACAGGCCUACUUUGAAAAAUAUGAUGAUGAGUUAGAGGAGGUCCUGAAGAAGGAACUAACAGGUAGUUUUGAGAAAGCCGUCAUGGCUAUGUUGGACCCUCCUCGCCUUUACUUCGCCAAGGAGCUGAGGAAGGCCAUGAAGGGGGCUGGCACGGAUGAAGCCGUGCUCGUCGAGAUCUUGUGCACAGCGACGAAUCAGGACAUCUUGAGCUACAAGGAGGCAUAUGCCCAGGUGAACGAGCGUGACCUGGAGGCAGAUAUCGAGGAUGAUACCAGUGGAGAUGUGAGGAACCUCCUAAUUUCACUGCUGCAGGCAAGCAGAGACGAGGGCUAUGAGGUGGACGAGGAUUUAGCUGAACAAGAUGCUGCAUCUCUGUUUGAGGCAGGAGAAGGCAGGUUUGGCACAGACGAGUCCACCUUCACCUACAUCCUGACACACAGGAACUACCUGCAGCUUCAGGCCACGUUCAAAGCCUAUGAGGCGCUUUCAGGAACAGACAUUUUGGACACCAUUGACUCGGAGGCCACGGGGACACUUAAGGACUGCUACAUUACUCUCGUAAGGUGCGCUAAGAACCCACAGCUGUAUUUUGCUCGGCGCCUUAACGCUGCCAUGAAGGGACUGGGCACCGAUGAGGACACACUGAUUCGUAUCAUCGUAGGCCGCUCUGAGAUUGACCUGGACACAGUGAAGGACAUGUACCUGGAGAAGUACGACGUAACCCUGAAAGAUGCACUGGAUUCUGAGUGCGGUGGAGACUUCAAGCGCCUCCUCAUUGAGAUCCUGCACUAAAACACUUUCCUCCUGCUCCUUCCUUAGUUAACCACAGUGAAACAUAACACACUUACACUUUCCCUUCUUUACCAGUUUCUCUCAUCCACUCUCUUAAUCCAUCCCGUUUCCUCUCUUUCUCACUCUGUCAGUUCUCUUUACAGCAUGGACCAAAAACAACUCAAUCAUUACAAUAUUAUAGUCUCUAUAUACACACUUUGUUGCAAAGAUCAUUAAAACCGGAGAAUUUCCUUACCGUUAUAGCCCAAUAUAGUUAAGAUGCAUUGAAUAUUUAUUUGACUGAAUUAUAGCAGCAUUAUAGAACUUGAAUACAACAAGUGCACUGGACAUAGUGAAGCUCAUGUCUUUAUCCAUAUCAUAAUAUCAUCAAGCAGCAUCUUAAUUUCAAGCAUAUUUGAAAGCUGCAAACUUUAAGGAGCUACUGCUGCUGCUGCUAUGUAUAGCAUACAGCUUCCUGUGAUAUGUCACUUUAUUUAUUUGACUAAAAGAUGCCUUUCUUAAUAUUAAAGCAAUGCAAUUUACUUUCUGUUGCAACACCCUCCACUUAAGUGCCGAUUCUUCACAUCUGAACUCUUGUAUCUGAAUGCACUGUUAAUCAUGUGUUACAGUAUUGCCAAAGCCCUGAAUGUUUCAAAGUAUACAGUACUAGUUUUUUGUAGUCACGUCCCUAAAUGUUAAAUGGGAUUUUUAACCUUUCACAGUUUUUCUUUUCAGUCGCAGCUCACAAGUUGCCUUGGUCUCACAUUUAUACACAUUGGACUUCUUUCUGUUUUCAUUCAGUAAACUAAACUCACCACACAGAAGGACAGGUGAUCGUCAAAAUAUUGAACAAGACGUUGUUUUGUAACCCCUGAAGUGCAGUCCCCUUGAUAGUUGUCUCAGUGUCUGUAUUGAGGUAUAUAAUUUAACCUGACUGAUUAAAUAGUGACAGAAUAUACUGUUGCUGUGUUGUCAUAUAGCAAAUUAACUAGCAAACAGUUCAUUACAUGGAGUAAGUAAUCAUUACUUUAUUGCAAUGUAAGUAUAAACGUGGUAUGCAUACACAGAAUAUGAAGUGAUAAUAAAUUUUAACUGUAACACCAAAAAUAUUUGACAUUU